CCGCACCCCACUGACUCAACUGUUAGAGUUAACCUUCGAGCUCAGAUCCAAUCCGCCGUUUGUUCCACUAUCCGUCAGCCAUGACUACACAAGCAGCCCCCGCCAUUCCUCCGCGGCCGUCAAGAUCCCCGCAGCAGGGUCUUGCCCCCGCCGCAGUAGACGGCCCCAAGGUCCCUCCCCGUCCGUCCCAUCGUGUCGAGCGCUCCGUGUCUCCUUUCCGCGAUAGCUAUGCCCCGUCUCCUUUGAAUGAUCGACCCAACGGAUGGGGCCUGAAACGGACCACCUCAAACGAUGUACCCCACAGGCCCCCGAGUGUUACGAUACCAUCGCUAGGCGAAGAGGGCAUUGAAUACCAGGACCUGGACGUGCAAACUGUGCCUGAUAACCACCAAGCUACACCGCCAGAAACCCGGAACGUGGUUAGCGAUCUUAAGCUUCAUGCGCCGAGACCAUCAUUACCCACUUCGAGCGCCAAGGCAAAGGUACAGGCUGUGACACGUACAGAUUCCCGUCAGGCGGCGGCAGCAGGCCUGGGGCGUGCUCCGUCUCCCUCGAAUGAUGAUCAUUCCGAGCGGCCUACCCGCUCGCUGCACUCGCGAGCCAGCGGCUCACGGGGUGACUCGUCAGCCGUGUCCGCGGAUCGUCGGCAGUCGUUUCAUGGGGAGGAGUAUGGCAUUCCUGAAAUCGGACAGAGAGUCCCUAUGUACCCUAACGCGGGUGAUGUGCAAGCCCCAUCCCCUAGCCCUUACUUGGCCGAGCCGCAGGAGAAACGGACAGGACGCAACCAUCAUCGCACUCGAAGUGGCCGUGAGGCAUCUCUGCCUCCUGGAAGCUACGGUCUGCAUGGCCACGGUGUGCCUUCAAACGACAAGUUUGAGAAAGCCUGGUAUGAGAAGCACCCCGAAGAGUUUGUCCGAGAGGAGCAAGGCCAAUAUGGCCCUGGUGUUGGUACACCACGUCCCGAUUGGGCCCUGAGCAGUGACGAUCUGAACAAAAUCGUCCGUGGCUCGGCAGUGACUGGUUCCGGGCUAGGUACAUCCCCUGGUUUGACCGGAACUCCGGACGAGGAGGUCGGUUACAUCGCCUCCGACGAGUACACGCAUCAAUUAUCGUCGCCCGGAAUCGACUCGCGCCGUAGUUCGCGCCUAGCCGUUGAAUCGCCUUUACGCAAGUCAAGUUUCCCGGCCACCGAUGCACAAGGCCCAGCUGAAAGUGCUGUAGAGGAACCUGAGGAUGAGUCGAUUCAAUCCCGGGUGAUUCAUGUCGACGAGCCGUAUCAUCACCUGCACCAUCCGGAUGGCUUUGCUCAGACCUCGGGCCCCGAGGAGCUCGCUCACAACUUGGAUUCUGAGGAAGCCGACAAGGAGGAGUCUAUCUUGGCCGCCGAUGAGGUUCGCCCAGAGUCUGCCUUCCAGCACCCGGCUGUCUCACCAACCUUUGGCCGAAAUGGUAGUGUCGACUAUGAAGGUAGAAGUCGUACCCCAAGCGUGACCCACAGCCGUUCCAAUAGCAGGACCGCUAGCAUUCAUAGCGGUAUGCCGCCUCUGGCAAGGUACAACUCGCGCGACGAGCACGAGGGUACGCAUACGCCGCUUGAGGAUGUCGAGGAAUACGAGCCUUUGUUUCCUGAGGACGACGCCAAAGAAAAGAAGGCCCUCACUCCAGCAGAACGGUUCAAACAGCGUCCGGAGCAGCUGAAGCACCGGUUUCCUAGCCAGGAUAUUUGGGAAGAUUCACCCAACAGCUUACAACUAUCUGCUACCGUAUCCACGCCAGAUAUUCCAAAGGAGGAGGCGUUCGAGACACCAGAGCAAGAGGCAAGCCGUAAGAGCCAGGCGCCUCAGAUCGACGCUCAUAAAGUUGCUUCGCAUAUCCUGGGUACGGACGAUCGGGAAGGAAGACCUUCACGGCCGGAAAUCUCUAAGCAGCGAUUCCCAAGUCGAGAUAUUUGGGAAGAUGCUCCUGAAAGUCAUACUCUGGUGACGACAGUUCAGCCGGCGGAUGAAGAGAUCAAGAGCCCUGAAGUGCCCUCGAAACCCAACAUCCCCUUCCGUCCGCAGAAACGCCCGCAACAGGCUCCCCCAGUGGAUGCCUCCUCCAAGCCAGUCACUUCGCCUCCGGAAAAGCGACAGCCACCCGUGAUCCCAGACAGACCCAAGCCACAAAUCCCAGCUCGGCCCUCCAAACCUAUCUCGCGUGGUAGUCCUGAAGAAGCUAAGGACGUUGCCGCCAAACCCAAGCCGGCCAUUCCUGCACGGCCCGGUGGAAGUAAAAUAGCCGCCUUGAAGGCCGGUUUCCUAUCCGACCUGAACUCCCGGCUCCAGCUCGGCCCGCAAGCGCCACCUAAGCCGCAGGAGAAGAAGGAAGAAGAGGCUCCCGCUGAGAAGGUACCGCUCAGUGAUGCGCGGAAGGGUCGUGCCCGUGGUCCCGCCCGGAGAAAGCCGGCUGUGGAGAAGACCCCCUCGCGACUCCCAACCAUCCCGGAGAUCAAGAUCACGGAGACCUGGAAUGUGUGGCAAGUGAGUGAAGAUGGAAACUUGACUGUUGGUGAUGCGGAGGCCAAAGCUCCGUCACACUCAGAGCCUACUACCUCGAAACCUAAAGCUCCCUCUGAGCCCAUUGCCCCGGAACCUAUGGCCCCUCCAAUCGCUAAGAACGUGGCCGGAGAAUCGGCCGAGCCCCAAGCUCCAGCUACCAUUCUUGAGGAAGAGGGACCGCAAGGCGAGCCGGUAUCACCAGGCGCCCCAGUCCCGGCUCCAGCCGCAGCAGCGGCGGCCGUGAGCCCGACGCAAGAAAUCCAGCCCGAACCCGAGCCCAAGCCGACCUUCACGGAGGCAAAGCACUCCAUCCCGCUAGCCGACAGCAGCGAGGCCGAGCCGGCCCCUGCUGUCAACCCCAUGACCACGGACAACCUCCUCGCCGGGAAACCAACCAUCAUGUCUCCACCGGAGCGAUCACCCAUCGAUGACAUCGCCGAGGGCCUGUCCGCUUCUGCUGACGGAAAAAGACCUUCGGAGGGUGACAUCGGCGAGACCAUCAAAUAAGGGUAUAGGAAGGAGGGGCGACAGCAGCCAAUUGCAUCGCAUUGUUUAUAAUACCUUCAUUAGUCUCGUGUGUGUUACAGUUUUGUUCUGGUGUGC